AUGGCAGCAGGGAGUCCUCAUCAGGAGCUCUUCGAUGAAGCCACCUGUUCCAUCUGCCUGGAAUAUUUCAGGGACCCCGUGACUACGAACUGCGGGCACAAUUUCUGCCGGGCCUGCUUGAAGCAGUGCUGGGGGAGACCCAACAGACCUGCUUCGUGCCCACAGUGCAGAGCCAUGAUUAAAUGGGGGAACAUAAGGCCAAACAGAAAACUGGGAAACCUUGCAGCAAUCAUCAGGAAAAUAGAAGAGCAGAAAAGCAGAAAAGGGGAGAGGGGUGUGUGUCAGAUGCUCUUCUGUAAAGAUGAUCAAGCCCUCAUCUGCAUGGUGUGUGAUACAUCCAAGGAGCACAGAGGACACCAUCUGGUGCCCAUGGAGGAAGCUGCCCAGGAGUAUAAGGAAACGAUUGAGGCACAACAGCAGUCUCUGAAAAAAAAGAGAGAGAAAAUCAUAGAGAAGAAACUUGCUGAAGACCAGAGGAAUCAGAAGUGCCUGAUUCAGAUUGGAAAGGAGAAGCAGAAGAUCAAGUUUGCAUUUCAGAAAAUGCAGUCACUUCUUCAGGUAAAAGAGUCCCAUUGGAUGGCCCAGCUGGGAGAUCUGGAGAAAGAGGCGGAGAAGAGGUGGAAAGAAAACACCACCAGCUUCUCAGAGGAGAUUUCCCGUCUCAGUCAGCUGAUCUCAGAAAUGGAGAAAAAGUGCCAGCAGCCAGCAAGUGAAUUCCUGAAGGACAUCAGAAGUACCCUGAGCAGGUGUCAGGAUGGGCAAUUGAGGCAGGUGGUGGAACUUUCUCCAGGGCCUGAAGAGAGUCUCAGAAGUUACUCUGAGAAAAUCCCAGUUCUUAAAAAGGCCAUGGAAAACUUUGAAGGGUCGCUGAAGGAAAAGCAGAGUGAAGUGAAUGUGAUUCUGGAUCCUGACACGGCCCAUCCUUUCCUCAUCCUGGGUGAGGACCUGACACGCGUGAGGUGGGAAGAAAGAUACCAGGACCUGCCCUACAAACCUGGGAGAUUCGACAGGGAAUUCUGUGUGUUGGGCUGUGAGAGAUUCACUUCAGGAAGACACUGGUGGGAGGUGGAGGUGGACGAGGAGGACGGAGCAAUGUGGGCCGUGGGGGUUGCACGAGAGUCUGUCAGGAGGAAGGGGAUUUUCAAGCUCACUCCUCAAGAGGGGGUCUGGGCUGUGGGGAAGAGACCACAUGACUCACACACCCCUUGCCGACUCUCUGCUUUAACUUCCCCUGAGUGGACCCCUUUGACCUUGAGAAAUAACCCCAGGAAGAUCCGGGUGUCACUAGACAAUGACGGGGGAUGUGUGGAAUUUUUUGAUGCUGAUACAGAUGAAAUGAUCUUCACUUUUUCUUCAGCCUCUUUCUCUGGAGAGAAGAUCCAGCCCUUUUUCUGGGUAGUGUCAGGUGUCAGAAUAAGCUGCUGA